GCUUGAAGUAAACUUGGACAGUGAGUCGAUAGACCGCUUAUCGAGAAACAUGUUGCCGGUCGCUGUGUUCCUCGCGAUGCUCGCGUUGACAAACGCUUUCGAGUCGAAAAUAGUCGGAGGAUCAUCCGCGGCCAUCGAGACAUAUCCGUAUCAGGUGUCUAUCCACUACGGGGGUGUGCUCAAAUGCGGAGGUUCCAUAAUCAGCCCGAACUGGGUGUUAACGGCAGCCCAUUGUGUCUACGGGGAGAAUCCCGCGGCUUUCCAAAUUCGUAUUCAGAGCACUUACAAUAAUAAGGGGGGCACGCUGAUCAGCGGCAUCAAGAAGAUAAUUUGGCCGGAUAAUUACGACGACACAACUUUCGAAUUCGACGUUGCCUUGAUACAGUUGCCCUCUCCGAUAAAGGAAAGCAGCACAGCGAAAUCGAUCCCCUUGGCUAGGAACGACGUGCCAACCGGAAGUCAAGCGGUGGUGACAGGAUGGGGCAUGACAUCUGAAAACGGCAAGAUGUCGGACAUGCUGCAAGUCCUAAAGGUGCCAGUCGUCGAUCAGACCACUUGCAAGAAAAUCUACGCCUCUCAGCAGCCGCUCACGAAUGAAAUGCUGUGCGCUGGCAGCAUGGCUGGUGGCCGGGACACCUGUCGGGGAGACUCCGGAGGUCCGCUGGUGUACAACGGCGUUCAAAUUGGUAUCGUGUCCUGGGGCUACGAAUGCGCGAGACCUAACUACCCCGGAGUGUACACGCGAGUGUCUGCGCCAGCAGUACGAUCUUGGAUAACGAAGCAGGCGAACGUGUAAAAUUAAUAUCUCACCGUGCAUGGUACAUUGCGCGGAGAUUAAUUUUUAUCCAUUCCUGGUAAAAAUGUGUGCACUCUGAAACGGAAAGAAACAACGAUACGAACCGAGGCUUUACACCACUUACCAACAUGAAUAAAUAAUUUUAUUGAUAAAUUAAAAAAACAAACACUGUAAAAUGAUAAACAUGGUGAUUUUUGACGAUUUUUUUUUAAACAAAGUAACGAGCUACCAUCCUUAAUCAAUCUCGGAAAUACGAAGUUAUCUCAUGCUGCGUUCUUCUGUUUAUUAUAAAGUUUGCAAGAGAACUUAAUUAUUAAUCUCCAGGCAGGAGGCUACAUUAGCACACCUCCUUUAAGUUUUUAGUUGUUAUUAUUCAUUACCGAAGAGAAGGCAAAGCAAAAGAUGAGAAAA